AUGGACGUCCCACAGGAAAGAGUCGAUAAAAUCCAGCGCUUCGCAGAGAAACGCCAACAAACAGAAGAAAGCCAUGCCACACAGCCGCUAAGCCCAGCUAAUAUCCAGGCUUAUAACAAGAGACUGGAUGAAACUCUGCGAGAGCUACAAGAACAAGUCAAGCGUCAAGAAGAUGAAUUGCGCAAGCUACGCGAGAUCAACUCCAUCGAUCUCUCCAGGAUCGGUACCAGCACCUGGGCCCGAGUGUCUCAGGUGCGCCGGGCCAAAAAGGCGUAUGACUCUCUCCUCAAAUCGGAGACGAGAUUUCCACCGCUCGGUUCUCCGUUGCCGUCGUUACUGGCCGUUGAGGAGACAUCCCGCCUGGUGAAGGAGACUAAGAUCGCCGCCUCGGAAACGGGUAAGAAUCUCUCUAACACGCGCCAACGGUCGAAGACAGAGGAGGCGAACCUGCGCGAUGCGCAAGCCAUUCAAGAUGGUCUGCAGCGACGGAUUCGAACUGUGGCGAGUCAAAAUGCCACGAAGGAAAAGAAGGCAAGCUCUCAACUAGCGCGGGAGCUCGUGGAGCAGAAGCAACGGGAAAACGACGAAUAUGACAAGGCAACAGAAGAUACAAAGACCAAACUCUACGAAUUUAUUGAUCGGUCUCUUGCAUCGAUGCUUGCAGCAGAAUCCCUCGGCGGACCGACUGUAGGCGAUGCACCAGAUGUCUCAGACGCUACCUUGGAACUGGGCUAUACCAGCCAUGGCAAGCCGAAGAAGCCGAAAGUACAGGCCGAAACAACUGAGUUAGGUACUAGCCAACGACGCAUCGAUGAGAUUCUACCUCGACAGAACGAGCAAGGAAGGACCUCCAAUCGAAGGGAGGUGGCGGCAGUCGAGAUGCGCAAUCUUCUUGAUGAGUUGUUGGAAGCAAGCCCCUCGUAUGUGAACGUUCGAGAAUCUGCAGCUUCCAGGUUUCUGGUACGAGCCAAAGUGGCACAGUUCCACCCGCGCGAUGCGAGAAGGUUGAGAUUAAUUGAUUUUGGGCGCACGCUAUAA